AUGGACACCUCAUGUGAUCAGUCUAACCGAGUUUCUGUCAGUAUAGUCAAACGCUAUAUUGAUGAUCACGUUUUAUUUAUCAACUACGAGUACACUUCAGUUGUUAAUGUUGUUAGCAAUCACUGUGUUCAAGAAGCUGCUGCAGUAAUUCAGUUGGAUAUCAU